AAAAAAUAUCCCUAAUGGUAUUUCAAAGGAUAUCUCUAAUGGUAUCUCAAAGGAUAUCUCUAAUGGUAUUUCAAAGGAUAAUAUUUCAAAACGUAUUUCAAACAACAAUAUUUCAAAGGAUAUUUCAAAUCAUGAUGUUUCAAAAGAUGUUUCAAAGGAUAUUUUGUCCAAUCAAAAUCAAAAUAUUUACAUACCCGUAAUACCUUCAAAAUAUAUUCUUACUAGAUUAAUUUC